CCGAGACUCCUAGAUUACCGAGCACUGUUAUGGUUUCUCUCAGAAGUGACGGUUGCGGCCCUUCCGUGCAUAUGAGCUACAGGGUUUCCUUCUUAAACUUGGAUACUGUUAAAUAUUAGUUCCUAAGGAUUUCGUGCUGUUUUCCAGGAUGAUGCGAGAAAAUUCCCUUCUAAGAAUGAAUCGUUAACUGAAACUCUGCGUUAUAAAUACUAACGAAAAAAACCGCUUUAUUAUCGCGAAAUAGAUUAUAACUACCGUACUUCGGUAACAGGUACUGCCUACCGUUCGACUCUUCCAUCGAUAAAUCGACUCAAAGUGCUACAAAACCAGAAGCAGAACUGCACAAAAUGACGAGCAAAGUUUCUCCCUGGGAAACGACCAACUCCACCACCAAAAUCGAAAGUCGGGUUGGACCUGAAACAAAGUUCUUUGUGAAUAAAAAUGAGCUGAAAAUCCACUGCAGUUACUGGAGACCGAACGACAACACUGAAAUAAGGGGCCUUGUCUUCAUCUGCCACGGCUUUGGGGAACACCUUCAGUGGUACGAAGAUCUGGCUCUCAGACUAACGGCAACGGGACUUCUUGCCUUCGGUCACGACCACGCUGGUCAUGGAAAGUCGGAAGGCGUGCGUGGUUACGUGGAGUCUGUGGACGACUACGUGGUGGAUGUGCUACAACACUACGAUGACGUCAGGGCUGGAUAUCCCGGGCUUCCUUGCUUCAUCGUCGGUCAUUCUAUGGGUGGGAUGAUAACCAUCAAGUCAGCAAUGUCCCGCCCGCAGUAUUUCGCGGGCGUCGUUCUAAUGGGACCGCUCAUCAAGGCCAAUUCGGAAGAAGCCACCGCCCCAAAGAUCUACCUGGCUAGAUUGGUGUCUCGCAUAUUGCCUUACCUUGCUGUUGCCAAAUUAAAACUGGAUCACGUGACACGAGACGAGGAAAUGAAGAGCAGAUUGCGGAAAGACCCGUUAAGGUACCAGGGGGGUGUCCGAGCCAGGUGGGCUAUAGCCUGUAUAGAUGCUCUGGUGUACAUCGAGAACAACAUUCCCGAGGUCGAGUGGCCGUUCCUCAUCCUCCACGGGGGGAAGGAUCUGCUCUGCGACAUUGAGGGAUCCAAAACACUUUAUGACAAAGCCAAGAGCACCGAUAAAAGCUUUAAGAUGCUCCCAGAUGCCUACCAUCACCUGUACUUAGAAUAUCCCAGUGUUCGUCAUGAGGCUUUGCAGGAUACAGUUGAUUGGAUUACUGAUAGAAUACCAGCUGUCAAGAACUGAGAAGCCGAGAUACUUUUCUCUCUAACAGACAUUCAUAGUACUUAAAACAAGGAACUUAAUACUAUAAUGAAAUACAGUAUAUGCAAGAUUUUUAUCUCUGAUGAAAGUGCUUUCAGAGGUACUUCUAUUGUUAGCUCCAGCAGAAAUAGGCAGGUGUCUUUCUCUGUUCCUAGCACAGACAUGUCAUGAUUUUCUGGGACAGACAUAUUUUUGAUUGAUUAUAAAAUAGGUUUACACUUGAUUGCUUGUAAUAUGGUUAUACGAAUGUUUCCAACAAGGCCCUAUACCCAACACAGGCGUACAUCUUUUUCUAGUACGUACAUUCAUGUCUCUGUUUCUAACGGAGUCAUAUAUCUGACUCUUUUUGGCACCAACAUAGCUUUGUCAGUAUUGAUAAUGUUUAUUCCCUUUAAUACUUGAGAAUAGAAUAGAUCAUGUGUGUAACCUGAGAAAGUGAUUAUACUAUAUUAGUUACCUAGUAAAUAUCAGAGAUGGGAUGAGCAUGAUCUGAUGUUGCCCGAAUAAUUUUCCUGCUUAAGAAAAAAAAAAAACAUUUUAUGUAGUACGUACAGCGUUGAUUGUUGAAAAUGAAAUAUAUUUAUAUCAAAUAAAACUGAUUGUGAACCCAGAGAUGUAUUUUUUUAUAGAAAUGUACUGUGGAUUGAAGUGACUUAAUGUAUUCAAGAGUGAAUCGUCUGAUGGAAAGCAAAAAAUUUGUUUAAAAAACUAAAAUUAUGAUGACAGGAUUUAAAUCACCUUCCUUUUGAAAUCA